AUAGGCAAAAUUAGGGUCGUAAGCGUUACAUUUAUUUAAAACUGUCGAGUGAUAGGUUCGGGCAUUUGAACGUAAUCAUAUCUCAGACAUUGUGGUGUUUGCUAGCUAGGUAGCUUGUUGAUUUACUUACGAAAAAUAAUUAUAACGGGUUUUUUUUUUUAUAUUGGAGGCGAUACAGUAAUAUCAGGUUUUAAGGGUUUAAGAAAAGACUGGUUUAUAGUAAUUGUGGGCUGUUUUAGGGAUGCAUUGUGAAAAUCUAUUGAAUUAGCGACAGUUCAGUCCCUGAGCUAGUGGUACAUAUUUGAUUUAUCUUUGAGGUGCGAUGUGGGUGCAGCCAUAACUACUUGAGAUUGAGAAUAAAAUCCUUUUGCCAUCAUGCCAACUGUGGUUCUUAUGGACGCGUCACUGUCCAUGACACGACCUGUGUCAUUGGAAGGCAGUGAGGACUUUCAGCGUAAGAAUCUGGCUGUCCAUGGCCUAACCAUGCUAUUCGAACAUAUGGCCACAAAUUACAAGUUGGAGUUCACUGCACUUGUUGCCUUUUCAUCCCUUUGGGAGCUCUUGGUGCCUUUCACCAGGGACUACAACACACUACAGGAGGCCUUGAGCAAUCUGGAGGACUAUGAUAAAACCUGCCUGGAGUCAGCACUGCAGGGAGUCAGUAACAUCGUGCAGCAGGAGUGGGGCGGCACCUGUCCCUGUCAGGUGGUGUUGGUGACUGAUGGAGCUCUGGGUAUUGGUCGUGGUUCUCUGCGUCAUUCCCUGGCCACACUGAAACAACGGGGAGAGGAUAAGAAGUUUCCCUUACCUUUCCCUUUCCCUUCCAAACUCUACAUAGUGUGUAUCGCCACUGCAGAGGAGCUACAAGCCACUGACGCCAUGGACAAUUUGGAGCAGCUUCUUGCUUUAAGUGGUGGAGAGGGACAGAUUUUUACUAUGGAUGCACCACUAUGUCUAAAAAGUGUUCAGGCAUUGUUUGGGAAAUUGAUUGACCAGGCAUACAUGCCUUUCCAUGCUGUGCUGCGCUGUGGAAACCUAGCAUCUGAUGUGCAGGUGUUUCCCAGGCCAGAACAUGUGCUAUUAGAUGAGGAACUGGAGCCAAUACCAAAAACAGUACACACAGAGUUGGAGAUUGUGGGUUUUAUUGAGAUUGGUGAUAUUGCCAGUCCUCCAGUCUUGUCCAGACACCUGGUCCUACCCAUCGCUGUCAACAAAGAAGUGGAUGAAGUGGGAGCAGGGGCUGCUGAGGAAAUAGAAGAGGAAACAUCAACCAAUCAGAUGGCAGGCAAGAGCCCGAAUUUUUGUGUCCUCCUGCAUGGCAGUCUGAAAGUGGAAGGCAUGGUGGCACUGGUACAGCUGGGGACUGACUGGUUUGGGAUGCUCUACUCACAGGCAGAUAGUAAGAAAAAGUCUAAUCUGAUGAUGUCGAUUUUUGAGCCUGGACCAGAACCUCUACCAUGGCUAGGGAAAAUCUCUCAGCUUGGACCCAUUUCAGAUGCACUGGAAAAUCCUUAUGGGGAAGAUGAUAGCAAAAGCCCAUUCCCUGUCCUACCCAAAAGCAAACGGAGCUAUGCCCAAAAUGUCACAGUCUGGAUCAAAGCCAAUGGACUGCAGACUGAUGUACAGAAAAUCCUUCGAAAUGCAAGAAAACUUCCGGAGAAAACGCAAACCUUCUACAAGGAGCUAAACCGGCUACGUAAAGCUGCUCUAGGAUUUGGUUUCUGGGACUUGCUAAAAGGUGUAGCUGAACUGCUGGAAAGGGAGUGCACCUUACUGCCCGACUCUGCCCAUCCGGAUGCUGCCUUUCAACUGUCCCACGCUGCCCAACAACUCAAACUGGCUAGUAGUGGAGACCCCAAAUAUUUAGCUUUUGAUCAUGUCAUCACACCCAUGCUCACUGAUUUCUCAGGCGGAGGAAGUGGGACUGACAGGAUGUAAACAAAUAACAAAGGCUCCUACAUAAAACCAUUUAAAUUUAUCUCUGGUCCAUGUUUUGCCCCUCACUGACUUUUCAACUAUGAAGAGGCUGACACUAUUGCAAUAAGAUCUUGGAUUGUUUAUAUCUACACGUUAGAUUUUAGGAAUAGAUAUGGAGCUAUACAUUCUGUAGCACAGGAACCAAUGAUUUAUGGCAUGCCUUUUUGUACUUUGAUGAAUCCUCAAAAGAAACUUAGGAAACUCAUUUACUGAGAAAUAAAUUGUGUACAUAGCAAUUUUUCUUUUUUUAUAACUGACUCAAAAGAAAUAAAAGUGCAUCGCACAUUUGUAAUAUA